UACUUGAUCACACUCCUCUCCUGAAGGGCUGGUCCCGUCCUGCGCCCUUCCCACUAUCCUCCUCUUCAUAUCCCUAUUCACCAGCCCGGCGUUUGUCCCUUCAAUUGACAUUCAUGCCUCCCGUUGCCUGAUAGGUGCUCGUGUGAGCUGAGCAAACGAACAUAGUCUAGCAGAUCACGCCGUACAUAGUAGCGAAGCCAUAACCUGACACAAUACAUCAUCCCACACGACAUGUCUUCCUCCACACGCCCCAAACCGACCCGCAAGAGCUCCUCGAACCACCGCAACACGCUCUCACUUCAGAAGACGGAGAUCAAGAUACACAUAUACGACCUGCUCCCCCCCGGCAAGGUUUCGACCAUGCUAUGGGCUAUCGGUAGCUCUCUCCUGCACUCAGGCGUCGUUAUUGGCGAUAGGGAGUAUGCCUAUGGUGGGCACGACCAGCGCGGCCUCAGUGGAGUCUACUACACAAAGCCCGGUCAAGAACCACCGGGCGGAACCUUUCGACAAGCGCUUCUACAUGGCUUCUCCUUCCGACCGCAGGAAGAGCUGGACGCCAUAAUACACGAGGCCUCUCAACAAUUCAUGGGAACCUCGUACAACCUCCUCACCAAGAACUGCAACCAUUUCACCUCCUACCUCUGCGACAAACUCACCGGUCGCUCCGCGCCGAGCUGGCUGAAUCGCGCCGCUAGCAUAGGCGUAGCCCUGCCAUGCGUCGUACCACGGGAAUGGAUAUCGCCACCGGAUCAUGAUACUGCGGAUGGAGAGCUCCUUGACGAGGACUUCGAAGACGAAAGAUCGUCUAUGCUGCGACACGACGAACGGAGACGGCGGCUGCGGGCGACCGAGGACGACGCGCAGGACUGGGAGGACGCGCAGACGGAGAGGAUAUCUGGCGCUAGCGGUGGAAGUGACCAAAGAGGCCCAAGAGGACAUCCUCGGGCGAUACCUGCUGCUGAGAGAGCGCCGCUCCCCAGAAGAAUAACAUGA